GUCUUCGCGUGGCGCUCCGGCUGCCUUCCACGGCUGUUAGAAGGUGGAAGCGGCGGCAGACAACGAGGCGGCGGCGCGCUCCCGGGCCCUGUCGUUCGGCCGUGCGCGCGAUCGCUCGGCCGCGCGCGCGGCGGUCUGUGCCCUAAUGCGGGAGUCUGAGAGAGAAGGCGCUGCAGAAAGAUGGGAGCUGCGCGGGGAGGAGACGGAGGCGGCGGGGGCAGAGGCAGAGAGGUCUUGUAGCCUGGCGGCUGGCGCGGAUCAGAAGUAAGAGUCGUCGGGGGAGCCGGACAGGAUGCGACAGCUGUGAGCCUGGCGUUGGCGGGCGGAAAGGAGGAGGGGGCUCACCCGGAGUGCGACGGCUGCUGGCCAGACUGUUCAGUAUUAAUCCAGGACUGAGACAAGAGUAUUUACAUAAACACCCGGAACCACAGUAUUAAGUAAAUCAUAGUAUCCUGCUGUACUGCGUUAGUAAGACACCACUUUGCCUUGUUGGAAGAAACUGGGGACAUAGGAUCUUAGCCAAAUAUUCAAAAUGGUAAUGCAAAGUUAUCUCCUAACCUAUAUGGGAGUGGUGCUUGCUUUAUACUUUCAUCACCUCACCAGAGCCAUUGAAGUCCCUCGGGAUCCAAGUAUUCAAGAUACAUUGCCUCAACCCCCCACUAUUACAAAGCAGUCCGUGAAGGAUUAUAUUGUAGAUCCGAGGGACAACAUCUACAUUGAAUGUGAAGCAAAAGGGAACCCCACUCCCACAUUUUUAUGGACACGAAAUGGAAAGUUCUUCAAUGUUGCAAAGGACCCAAGAGUAAGCAUGAGACAUUGGUCAUCUGGUACACUGGAUGUUGAUUUCCGCAGUGGCGGCAGGCCAGACGACUAUGAAGGAGAAUAUCAGUGUUUUGCUCGGAAUGACUUGGGGACAGCCGUCUCCAACAAAAUCUUUCUACAUGUUUCAAAGUCUCCUUUGUGGCCAAAAGAAAACUUGGACAUUCAAGAGGUUCAUGAAGGUGCUCCGCUUAUCUUGGCAUGCAAUCCCCCUCCUGGACUGCCACCUCCUGCUAUCUUCUGGAUGAGCAGCUCCAUGGAGUCAAUCCAUCAAGACAAGCGUGUUUCCCAAGGACAGAAUGGUGACUUAUAUUUCUCCAAUGUCCUGCAGGAUGAUGCCCUGACUGACUACAGCUGUAAUGCUCGCUUUGCCUUUACCCACACCAUCCAGCAGAAAAAUCCUUAUACCCUCAAAGUCCUGACCACCCGAGGUAUCACAGAAAGGCACCCCAGCUUCAUGUACCCCCUUGGGACUUCAAGCAGUCAGAUGGUGCUGAGAGGGGAGAAUCUCUUGCUGGAAUGCAUUGCCUCGGGAGUCCCAACACCAGACAUCAUGUGGCACAAGAGAGGAGGUGAACUCCCAUCAGACAGGACCAAGCUGGAGAACUUUAACAAGGCUCUUCAUAUUGCCAAUGUUUCUGAGGAAGAUUCUGGGGAAUACUUCUGCUUAGCUUCCAACAAAGUGGGCAGCAGCCGCCACACAAUCUCGGUGAGAGUGAAGGCUGCUCCUUACUGGUUGGAUGAACCAGAGAAUCUCAUUUUGGCUCCUGGUGAGGAUGGGAGACUAGUUUGCAGAGCGAAUGGUAAUCCCAAGCCUUCAAUACAGUGGCUCGUGAAUGGAGAACCUAUAGAAGGUUCUGCUCCCAACCCAAGCCGCGAAGUAACUGGAGAUACUGUUAUGUUUCGAGACAUCCAAAGUGGCAGCAGUGCAGUAUACCAAUGCAAUGCUUCUAAUGAACACGGGUACCUGUUAGCUAACGCCUUUGUCAGUGUACUGGAUGUUAUUCCUCGGAUCCUUGCCCCUCGUAACCAACUGAUUAAAGUGAUUCUAAACAACCGGACUCGUCUUGACUGCCCAUUCUUUGGAUCCCCUAUCCCCACAUUACGAUGGUUUAAGAAUGGCCAGGGGAGCACACUGAUGGCUGGCAACUAUAUAGUGCAUGAGAAUGGGACUUUGGAAAUUAUCAUGGCCCGGAAAGAAGACCAAGGCACUUAUACCUGUGUGGCCACCAAUCUUCUUGGCAAAGCACAGAACCAGGUUCGUUUGGAAAUAAAAGAUCAAACUAGGAUCAUAGAUGGGCCAAAAGACGCUGUGUUAAAGAAGGGUUCCACAGUUCAUUUAGUGUGCCGGAUUAGACAUGACCCCACGCUGAGACUCACAGUAACCUGGCUCAAGGAUGAUUCUCCUCUGUACUUAGGAAGCAGAAUAAGGAAAGAAGAAGAUGACCUAAUGAUACAUGGAGUGGCUGAAAAAGAUCAAGGAUAUUAUACCUGUGUGGCCAGCACUGAACUAGAUAGAGAUGCUGCCAGAGCCCAUCUCACUGUUUUGGCUCCUUCUUCUGCUAACCGUAUGACCCUACCCAAAGAACGUCCCGAACGUCCUCGUGAUCUUGAGCUAACCGACCUUGCUGAAAGGAGUGUGCGGUUAACAUGGAUUCCUGGUGAUGAUAACAACAGCCCUAUCACAGAUUACAUUGUAGAAUUUGAAGAGGAUAGAUUCCAACCUGGAUCAUGGCACAACCAUUCCCGUUAUCCAGGGAGUGUGAACUCUGCCAUCCUGCGCCUUGCACCCUAUGUCAACUAUCAGUUCCGAGUGAUAGCUGUGAAUGAAGUAGGAAGCAGUUAUCCCAGCUUGCCUUCUGAACGAUACCAUACGAACGGGGCACGUCCAGAAAUGAACCCCAGAGGAGUUAAAGGGACAGGAUCAGCAAGAAAUAAUAUGGUUAUAUCAUGGACGCCACUAAAUGCAACCCAGGUUUACGGCCCCAACCUCAGAUACAUUGUGAAAUGGAGAAGAAAAGACACCCGGGAGAGCUGGAGCAACAGGACAGUAAAGGGUGACGUCAGCCAGUUCACUGUCACGCAGACGCCCAUCUAUACACCCUACGAGAUCAAAGUGCAGGCCCAAAAUGAUUACGGGGUUGCUAUGGAACCUGACACAGUCAUUGGCUACUCAGGAGAAGAUUAUCCUAAAUCUGCUCCCAGUGAUCUUAGACUCAAAGUUGUAAACAGCACAGCAGUCAGCCUGCAAUGGAAUAGAGUGUACCCGGAAACCGUCCAGGGACAGCUUAAGGAAUACAGAGCUUACUUCUGGAGAGAAAGUAGUUUGCUGAAGAAUCUAUGGGUCUCCAAGAAAAAGCAGUCUAUGGGUUUUCCUGGAGACCGGACACGGGGCAUUGUGUCCCAGCUGUUUCCUUAUAGCAACUACAAACUGGAGAUGGUUGUGGUCAACGGGAGAGGAGAUGGGCCUCGAAGUGAAAUUCUGGAGUUCACAACACCUGAAGGAGUACCCAGUGCCCCAAGGUAUUUCAGAAUCCGCCAGCCAAACCAGAACACCAUCACUUUGGAAUGGGAGCACCCUGAACAUCCCAAUGGCAUUCUUAUUGGAUACACCCUUAGAUACCAAGCCUUUAACGGAUCCAAAAGUGGCAGAACAAUGGUAGAGAACUUCUCUCCUAACCAGACAAAGUUUUUACUCCAGAGGAUGGACCCCAUAUCGCGCUAUAGAUUCAACCUGCGUGGCAGGACCCAGAUUGGGGAAGGUGAGCCUUCCACGGGGGAGUCGUCAGUCCCAUUGAAUGAAGUUCUUCCAACCUCAGUUGUAAUUUCUCCAACAACAAUCAGCCCAACUACAGCCAAUGCGAUUGUGGCCACCAUCUCCACUGAAGCUGCUACAACCACAACUACCACAGAAGCUACCACCACAACUACCACAGAAGCUACUACUACCACAGGAGCUCCAACCACUGCAGAAGCAACCACCAUUACAGAAGCUCCAACCAGUACAGAAGCAGCCACCACCACCACAAUUGUUGCUAGCUCAAUAGCUGGUGGUGCAAAGCAGCCUAUCUGGGAUGUAAAAGCUUCACCAAACAGUAACUGGGCAAACAUCACUUGGAACCACACGUUUGAUCCUGAAACUGAGUUUGUGGUUGAGUAUAUCAACAGUAACAAAACAGUGAAAUCUGCCCCUGCUAAAGGCUUCCUGGAGCUGGUUGACCUGACUCCUGGGGAGAAGUACAUAGUGCGGGUUUUUCUCAAAGGGAAUGAUACUAUCAGCUCGAACGUAACCUUUCAGACAAGUCCAGCAUAUACUAAGAACCAUGGGGACAUUGCAACUCAGGGCUGGUUUAUAGGACUGAUGUGUGCCAUCGCGCUCCUGGUCUUGAUUUUGCUGAUAGUUUGCUUCAUUAAGAGAAGCAGAGGAGGGAAAUACCCAGUGCGAGAAAAUAAAGAUGUGCCCCUGGACCCUGAUGAUCAGAAGGUAGAUAAUGGGUCAUUUGAUUACAGUGAUGAAGAUAACAAGCCACUGCAGGGCAGUCAGACCUCAUUAGAUGGCACGAUAAAGCAACAAGAAAGUGACGACAGCUUGGUGGACUAUGGUGAAGGAGGUGAAGGGCAGUUCAAUGAGGACGGCUCCUUUAUUGGCCAAUAUACAGUCAAGAAGGACAAAGAGGAGACAGAAGGCAAUGAAAGUUCAGAAGCCACAUCUCCAGUUAAUGCUAUCUAUUCCCUGGCAUAACGUAAUACACUGAAACAACAGCAGCAGCAAAAAAGAUACAUAGUCCAUAUGGGUCAGCAAAGUCACCAUCAACAGAAAGCAACUAGAGUAGGACAUCUAAGAGCAAACACAAACCUGACCAGGUGGUCACCAGCGCCAUCAUCUCUUUCGCAAACAAAGCAAAUUGCAUAGAUGCACUGGCUGCCGAAGUGAUCAUGCUGCACCUGAAAUCUGAGCUGACCCACAAGAGACCAGUAGAAGAGCAGGAUGCACAGAUUCUACACCCCAGGCUUCAGAACUUGAACUGAAAUAAACACCCCUCUAUACCCCCUAUGUCUUAAUUUGUGAGAUAAUGCAGCUCCUUUCAUUAAUAAUAUACACGGCUGAGAUUUUUUUGGUUGUUGUGUUUUUUAAAGGAUUCAAAGUUAUCCUCAAAAAAAGAAAUGCCCAAACAUGGGGAAAAUCUGGAGUGAGGGGUGAAGAUGAGAAUAUAAAGGAACUUCCCCACUAAAAGCAGCAUGAAACCACACUGUGGAAUCAGCUACUGGUAAAAAUGAAACAGGCUGCUUUAUAAACAGGAACCUUAAUAGCAAUUUGUUUCAUUGCUGGCAGGCCCUAGCUUGCACUCUUAACUUAGCAAGGUGUAGGGUGCUCCUUCCUAUGAAGAUGAAAUGGUACUAUAUUAGGCUUCAGUGUGGAAGGUAUAUGCAGGGGGAUACUUGUUACAUUGACCAAAAUUGUCUGAGAUCUCAAUCAGUGCUAUACUCCAAGUAUUGGUUCUGAUGCAGGUGAUGAUGCAAGGUUUCACUCUGCCCUUACUAUUUAGCAUCUUUCUUCAAAGAAGGUGUUUAAUGGAAACAGAUGCAUCUUUCUGCUAAUCCAGGGUAGGUAAACAGAACUGGGUUGCUGUUUUCCUAGAUAAUACAUUGGGGGACAGUGCUUGUCCAUUCUUGCUAAAAGCAGUAGUUCCUCCCUAUGCAUGCACAUGGUGUUAAUGGCUACCCCAUAACAUGUAACAGGAGGGAAGAAGGAUGACUAGGGAAAAGCAGCCAGUCUAUGCUUUCCUACUGCUAAUUUUUAAAAAUAAAAAUAAAAGGAUGGUACCUACUAAGAAUAAACUAACCUGGCAUUGAACCUGCCAGCCACUUCUGUGAAAAGUUCAGGGAUUCUCACUCCCUAAGUGUUUGAUGCAAAAGUACAGAGGCACUCAGAAUGGCCCGAACUGAUCCAUCUUUCCACUGUUCAUAUCAUUUGCAUAUCAGUCAGGGCUGCAUUUUCUGGCUUUUAAGGUAAAAGCCACCCUUUGACACGCAGGCGCCUCAGUAAACCUAUAAGAGGCCUUUCCAGUACUAAAGAAGAAGCAGCAUGGAGCUCACACUAUCUUGUUAGUUACACAUCAAAGACACUCAAAUCAAGCUAACUUGCUAACACGCAGUAAACCUGUUUUCCUCAGAUACAGAUUCUGUUGUGACACUGUUCUUCCAUAUAUGCCUUAAACAGCUUCAUGCUUUCCCUGAAGCUUAAUAAACUAUGAAUAUUUACCCGUAGAUUAAGCCCCUGUUGUGAUGGUCUGUAAUCUGCCCAUGCAGUACAGAAAGAAGGCUUCUGCAGCUUGGUCAGAUGAGAACGCAUGGACCAUUGUAGAAGGUAGAGUUUUCUUAUAAUAUACAGUAUUUAAUGCAACAUGGUAUGUAUUCUCUUCACUCCCUGCACUUUUGAAGCCAAAGGUAUUUAAAGAGAGACAGAUUUGUCUCCUACAGAUAGUUUCACAGCUGUAAAAUAAUGUUUAGGAGAAACUUCAAAAGAUCUGUUUCAGCAUCAUGCUACAAUGGAAACAGGAAUUACACUGCUGAACUUUCAAACUGGCUCGUUUUCAUGGUAGCUUUGCUUACAGAGAUGUUUCUGAUGAACAGGCAUAUAGAGCAGACAAGAGAUUUAACAUAUUUGGUAAGAGGCUGCAAUAUGUUGAGGCUCAAUAAGAACUCAGCUAAAUUAAAUCUCUAAUGUAGCCACUUUGCAUUGCAGAAGAAAACUGCCACCAGUCAAGGGAAGCUUUUGCAGUGAAUUAAGCCAGGCAAAGAAGGGGUGGAGUGGGGUUAAUGUUCUAAACAUUGAAUUGGAGACCACUAGUAGAACCAAAACAGGCUAUAAUCCGUUAAUGGUGUGGUAAACGUAUCUCCUGGCCCUAUGAUUUUGGAUGCCCUCCAUGAUGGAUUUUUUGUCUUUCACUUUCUAGAACUAAAGGAAGCCCCUAGAUCUAAGGGAUGGUGAACCUGUAGUCCUCCAGAUGCUGCUGGAUUACAACUCAUAUCAUCCUUAUCCAUUGGCCAUGCUAGCUGGGACUGACGGAAGUUGGAAUCCAACUGCUGGAUGGCCACAGGUUCCUCAUCCCUAGUCUACACUGACUGGCAGCAGCUCUCCAGAGUUUCAGGCAGGAGUCUUUCCAAACCCUCCCUAGAAAUGGCAGGAGCUGAACCUAGGACCUUUUGCAAGAGAAACAUGUGCUGUGCCACUGAGCACAUACUGCAACACACUGGACCAAAAUUCAACACAUCCUGUAUGCAUUUGGAUGUUAAUUUCCAGUCUAGUGGCACCUCCCACUCUCUGCAAAUAUAUUUUCCUGUCCAGCCCACAACAGGGGUGAAUGAAAGCUAGGAAAAGAAUCUACAAAGCUUCAGCAUGGUGUAUACUGCCCCUAGACAUAAGAUAGCAUUUCCAUCUAGACAACUGGCUGACUUUGGCCUCUCAGUGAGUGACAAAACCAGGCACGUGGGGCUGGUUUUAUAUGGGAUGUUUUAAAAAGAACCAAAUUUAGUCUCUCAUACUUACCUAGCAAUGUGUACAAUCUUAUUCUGUGCAGCAGACCUGUUGUGUAUGCUUGUAUUUUUUACUCCCAAGCCUCCCUCAUACCAUCUGUUUGAAAAAUAUUGUUGCUAAGGGGGUGGGGUGAUUUUUAGUGGAUCUAGAGAUCCAUUGCAGGAGUUUGAUGAAAGCUAAGAAAAGAAUUUUAACAAAAAUACUAAAUGGCUCUCUGUUCUUUUAGAAGACAAUUAUUCAACCAGAUCUGACAUGCAAUGCUAUUUGCAAAGCCUUCUGUAGCAUCAGGUUGUCUGCUUUGUAACUACAGCAAGAAAAAAUGUCUAACUUGCAAUGGGCAAAAUAUGUUAGCAUUUGCCAUUAUAGUCAGUAUAGUGACCCCAGGAAUGGAUUUCUGCUUUAAGAGAUGGGAGUUUUCAGAAGCUUACAUAUCUUAUUAUUGAAGUUCUAUUUAAACUUAACUGAAAUAAAACCCAAGACCACUUGGUGAGUUUUUUUUUAUCAGACAUGAACAACCUAGAGAAGGUAUUCCUUUCUGUAAAAAAUAAAAUAUUGUUUGGAUUCUCUUAUAAGGAAUAAAUCAACUAAAUGGGUUACUUCCCCGAAAAGUCAUUUAAUUGCCAGUAACUCAUUCCUUGUUGUACUCUCUAUGGGGCCCCUUAUGUUAAUGCUGGUAUGGUUUUCCCAGUAUAGAACAAAUUGCUCACCCCUGCCCGGGAGACGUUUAGGGGAAUGUAUUAAUAUGUAGCUUGUCUAAACCCAUCUUAAGGAAACCCUGGACUUUUCUUGUACUCAGCCUAGCCCAAAUGCAGUGAAUAGUACACUACCCCCCUCUCUGGUAAUGGAUGGGAAAGAACACCUCAGCUGCAAGGGAAAGAUGUGUGCUCGCUCCUUUUUCUUAACUUUGGAAUCUUUGAGCUCUAACACAAGAGCACAAAGCCUUCAAAGAAGAAAAUAAAAAAGCACGUUGCUGCAGAGGGAGCAGGGGGGGGCAUUAUGGCUCUUCUCACUAAUUGUGCUCUAAGCAUCCAGUAGACACUCGUAACUCCUGCACAACCCACAUUCCACACAACAUUAACACAAAUUACAUGCUACCCAGAAGAUUGCAUUUCCAGUAAUUCAAUGCUACUGUUUGAAUGCUGAGUAUAUGCAGUGUUCCUGUACACAAAGUACUACCUUGAAGACAACAUCUGGGAGCCUCACAACAAAUAAGCAAUGACUGCAUUUAUUGUGCAAAACAAAAACAGAUCCUCUGGAAAGGCUCUUACGAAUAUUGAGGGAAACCAAACAAUGGAUAAAGUGUGGCAUGAAUUUACAGUUUCUUUAACACUCAGGAGAGCAGGCAACCAUAAGUAAACUUCAAUGUAUCUAUUUUAUUGAAAAGGUUUAUAUCCCUGUCUCAGGCACAAUGUUUGAGGUAGCUUCCAUCAACAGAAAUAUGUUACAAUAAAAUAUCAAGAUACAAAACUCUUGUUAAAAGCACUACUGUGAACCAGGCACAAUCCAAAUUGUCAUAGAUACUGCUUUCAGCUAAGUAUUCAGAGACCCACUGGCAUGCGCAUGAACACACCUGAUGUCAUCUGAUAUCGGAAGCUGUGUUGGACCUGGUUAGUACUUGGAUGGAAGAAAAGAUCUGAGGGGGAUGAGGCUGGCUUUGUUAGGUUGGGGGCAAGAGAGAAAGUUUCAGAUACCUUCGGAUGUUCAGUGACUUUUGUGCCAGUUUGGUAGUUCACUGCAUCAGAAGACCUAAUUGUGUGGACUAAAGAAAGAACUCCAAAAAUGAGAUCCAUUUAAUUUGAAUCCUGCUCUUCCACCAAGCAGUCUCUAACUCCUAAUACUACAACAAAUCCAGCUCUGCAACAUAAUAUUCAUGGUUCUGGCAGAGAAGCAUUUUCCAAUGAAUUCCCUCAACAGUACUCUUAGUGAUUAACAAUAUGAAUAAAUCCUCACUCAUUAGCUCUGCUUUGACUUAAGAAUUGUGUGCAGAGUAAGCAACACAGUCAGAGAACUGGGCAGCCACUAAUGAAACAUAGCUUAAUCCUCUUAAUGAUGAAGACUCCUGAGAUGCAAGGAUGGGGAACCUGUGGCUCGCCAGAUGCUGGACCACAAGAACUGCCAUCAUCCCUGACUAUUGGCCAUGCUGGCUGGGGCUAAUGGGAGUUGGGAGUCCAACAUCUGGAAGGUCACAGAUUCCCAUCCCUGUAUUGCAUAGGGAUAGCAAAAGAGCAUUCCAAGCACUGUUACACUAUCAAUUUAUCAGAUAAAGACCUGACCCAUAUAUCUGAUAUGCAAAUUCCUCAUGUUCUAAGGAAAUUGCAGACAGUUUCAGAUGUUGUUGCCUGGCUUCGCUUUAAGUUGAGCCAGCAAGUACAAAGAGGAGGCAAUCUCCAUGGCUCAAACUAACAGGAACAAAACUAUUUGUUUUGUGUAUGUGCCAGUUUGGAAAGGACGUUAAUGCCUUCAUCUUCUGUGGAAUAUUAAGGAUAGGGAAGACACAGAUGCUGCCUUAUGUGCUAUAGUGGUGCUAUGAUUAUUGGUUAGUUUUCUUUGCAGGGGGUUGAUAGGGCAAUAGAGAUGAUUUGAUCCCACAAAAGCAGCUUACACGAUGAUGAAACAAAUAACAAAGGGAAAAUGACCUAGAACAAUCCUGACAUUGUUUUUUCUUCCACUCAAUUUCCACUCUGUAGAAGUGACCCACAGGUCAACUAGCAUAGCAGAGUCCUGACCCCAGCAAUCAAUCUGCCUGUAAUGACCUGGAUUCAUGUGUCUAAACAAGAUCCAGCCCUGUUACCUGUCAGAAAUAUCCUAGGAGAGUGCCAGUGAUUGAUUUCCAUUAGAGCUCAGCUUCUUGUUUACGUGUUUUACCCGACUCAUAAUGACCUAUUGUGGCCUUUUCCCCAUCCCAGCUAGCAGCUGCAGGAAAAAAAACCUUGCAUUCACUUCCUGAAAUGCAAAGAAUGUAUAAGAUGGGUCCAAGCAGAAUAGUGACUUUGACCUGUAAAGGAAGCAUGCUUUGCACCAGGCUUAAAUCUAUACUAGCAUCAAAAGUCUUCAGCUAAGCAAUAAUGAUGAUGGUGAUAGUAAUAAAAAGUUAAAUCCAUUUUCUUUUACGCAAUGCAGCUCAUCUUAAUGAGAAGACCCAGCAAGGCUUUUCUGUUAGUAAGAAAUCCUGAAUGUCGUAUGGCUCUCCAUUUAACUCAAGUGUCUCUCUCUUGUUCUGUCCCUUUCAAGUAAGUUCCAUUCUUUGAUUGUGAUGCCAGAAGGCAGUCUUGGACCCCAUGUUGAACCUAUGAAAACAGAGAGACCUCCCUUUGUACUGUGGAGGUUCCAGACACCACCAAGAAAUUAUUGGACUGCUUUCUGUUUGGUUUGUUUUUAAUUUGUAAAUAUCCACAUACACAUAUACACACACCCAGUUCCUUAAAAUCUUCCCCAUUGCUCUGAUACAUUCUGUGUAUUUAUUUGCCUUCUUUUUAAAAAACAAAAAUAGGAAUUUUUCUGUUAAUCUGUUUUCCAAAAAUAAAUGCAUAUCUGAGACUGUAAAGAAUGAUUUGCAGUGAGUAGAUUUACAGACGAUGGAGACAUGUUUAACAUAUGGACUGCAUGAGCGAUUUGAAAAAGGCCAAAAUAUUCAGAAAUGUUUUUGAAUCACUGUAAAAAAGUCCUGAUUUUCUUUUUGUAU